UGGUCCCGUGCCUCCUCUGGGCGGUUUGCAGACUGCUGGGAGUUCGCUCGGCUCGACUGUUCCCAGGCUGCAGAGACUCUUCCCGGUUGUGUGCCCUGCUCGGCUCCGCAAUGCCGGUGGACCUCAGCAAGUGGUCCGGGCCUUUGAGCCUGCAGGAAGUGGACGAGCGGCCGCAGCAUCCGCUGCAGGUUAAAUACACCGGGACAGAGAUCGACGAGCUGGGCAAAGUGCUGACGCCCACCCAGGUUAAGAACCGGCCCACCAGUAUUGCGUGGGAUGGCCUUGAUCCUGGUAAACUCUACACCUUGGCCAUGACAGAUCCAGACGCUCCCAGCAGGAAGGACCCCAAAUACAGGGAAUGGCACCAUUUUCUGGUGGUCAACAUGAAGGGCAAUGACAUCAGCAGUGGCACAGUCCUCUCCGAUUAUGUCGGCUCUGGGCCUCCCAAGGGCACAGGCCUUCACCGCUAUGUCUGGCUGGUUUACGAGCAGAAGGGGCCACUGAAGUGUGACGAGCCCAUCCUCAGCAACCGAUCCGGAGACCACCGUGGCAAAUUCAAAGUGGCAUCUUUCCGCAAAAAGUACGAGCUUGGGCCCCCAGUGGCCGGCACGUGUUACCAGGCGGAAUGGGAUGACUAUGUGCCCAAACUCUAUGAGCAGCUCUCUGGGAAGUAGGGGAAUGCCAGGAGAUAGAAACCAUCCUGGAAACCGCAAGCAGUGUUCUCAAGUUCAGUGAUGCAUGUAGAUUUCUCUGCUUCCCCGUUCCCAUUCUCACAGGUGAGGCCUGAGCAAUCAGGUAGUGGUUUAGAGUGACCUUUCCUUCUGCCUGUCCUUUAUAAUUCUAGAGGGUCACACUGCCCAUUUAUGUUUUGAUCAAAUUUGAACUCCAUUUUGGGGGAUAUUUUGGUACUGUGUUGGGGUCAUCAAAUUGUUACUAUAAGAAUAGCAAUCCAGAAUUUUAAGAAAUAAAAAUUGAGGUAAAAAGACCAGGUCUUUGGUAGUAGAGCAGAGUGUCAAAGAAUCUUUAAGGUAAAAAAGAUAAAUAAAAAGAUUGAUUGCCUCUGCCUUUGUGAGCCUGAGUCCAGAAUUGUGCAUGAUGGCACUUCUGGGUCAUGUUUUCAUGACCGUGUUUCUCACCAAGACAGCCGGAGGCUGGUGUGUCCACGAAUCCCCAACGUGGUACAUCUCAGACUGUUUACUAGGGGUCAGUGUUCUGCUCUGGCUCCUUGGAAGAGCAGUACUGGAACAAGCAAUAGGAAGAGUGGCUUUGCGGUUAAAGCACAGCCAUCUAGAUGCGCUGCAGGGUUGGGUGAGGGAUUGUCAGAAACCCCGAGGUCUCUGUCUGUUGAACUGGUCACUCUUUGUGGAAAAGCCGAUCUGGAGUUGCGGAAUAUUGUGUUAAUUCUUCUGUUUGCUUAUAGUUGAAUAAAAAUAAAAACAUUGUGUGGAUGAA